AUGCCCCUCCAUCCGCAUCUCCUAGAAGUUACCGCUCCGGGCAUCGCCUACAUAUGCCUCGGCGGCUUUGCUGUUUUGUUCUCGGUGGUGUCCCUUUUGGUUAAGGAGAAGGCAAAUGAGCUUCCUUUACCCUCUUUGCCCAUUUUGACGGUCUUCCAGCUGUACAUAAACGAGGUGCUUCUGGGCACCAUAUUUGGCAUCAUCGUCGGCCCGUAUGGUGCCAACAUAUUCAACCCCCGGGCAUGGGGCGACGAGGUGAACGAGAUCACACUGGAGGUCAUGCGCAUCAUCCUCGCGACGGGCUUGUUUGCGAUUGGUGUAGAGCUGCCGGGGUCGUACAUGGCCAAGCAUGCGCGGGGGUUGCUCGUUUUGGUGGUGCCGACGAUGGCAUUUGGAUGGGUCGUUGUGGCUGGGAUCAUGUACGGCUUAUUCCCCCCACUUUCGUUCAUUUCCUGUCUGGCUAUCGCCGCCUGCCUCACUCCGACGGACCCAAUUAUCUCCGCUACCAUCGUUGGUGGACGAUAUGCUAUCAAACACGUUCCUCGCAAUAUCCGCCAAAUUAUUGCCGCUGAAUCUGCCGCCAAUGACGGCCUCGCUUACCCGUUCCUCAGCAUCUCCAUCUAUCUCACCAUUGAGCAGUCAAGACGCGUGGCAGUAGGCGAAUGGUUCCUCGUCGGCUGGCUGUACCAAGUCAUCUUCGGCAUCCUUCUCGGAGCUCUACUGGGAAUCGCAUUCUCGUACCUGAUCAAGCUUUCGCACCGGAAAGGGUUCCUAGACAGGGAAUCAUACGUUGCACAGUACCUUGCGCUGGCUAUAUUCACAACUGGUAUUGCUAGCACUUUGGGCACCGACGACUUGCUUGCAGCCUUUGCUUGCGGUAACGCCAUCUCCUGGGACCAGCACUUCAACGAAAUCAUUGAGAACGAGUCAUUCUCCUCCGUCAUCGAUCUGGUGCUCAACUGCGGAUGCUUCGUGUACAUCGGGGCCUGGCUGCCUUUCUCGAGUUUCGACUCUCCGGACCUGGGCAUCACACCCGCCCGCCUCGCUGGGCUGUUUCUUUGUAUUCUUGCGCUACGGCGGAUUCCGAGUGUCCUGUUGCUCUACCGCUGGGUCCCGGAAAUCGAGAACUGGAAGGAGGCCUUAUUUACCGGUCACUUCGGGCCGAUGGGCGUUGGCGCGAUAUUUGUGUCGAGCUUGGCUGUUAAGCGCCUCCCGCAUCCCCACGACCCGCCCGCCAACCAACAAGAGCUCCUCGCUGCGACCCUCCAGCCCAUCGUCUCCUUUGUCGUUCUGGGUUCAAUCAUCGUUCAUGGCCUGUCGAUUCCCUUCUUUACCCUGGGGGGCAACAUGCACAUGCGCACGCGAUCGCUGCUUGCGACCUUGACCUCCACGCGCGGCGAUCCCACCGAUUGGCUCCUGUCGUUGCGCCGCGGCCCGCCGGUCGUGCCAGUUGCUCCAACAACAACCGCUGACAGCGAUCUCGAAGCGGGCAUUGCGCGCGAGGUGCAGUCGGCGUCGGCGACCAUUGUCGGAGGUGGAAUUUUGGAGGAGGUUAACGUUAUCGAGAAAGAGCGCGCUGCCUUGCACCCCGCAGAAGAAGGCGGGGCAAGCGGCUCCAUGCCCGAGAAACAGCCCGUUGUGGCGUUCAUGACGCCGAACGCGGAGGAGAUCGAGCACGAUGCCAAGCGUCCUCCGAAUGAACGCGGCGACAGCAGCUCCUCCUCCAAAGCUGCGGCCCUUCCCGAGAAUGCGGCAAUUGUCGUCACGACAUCCGAGGUCGUCGACCAUGCCUCUCAGGACGGUGCCCUCCCGGCGGAUGGACAUGUGCAUACUGGCGUCGAAACACAAUAA